AUGGGUAACGGCGGCUCCUCACCAACAACACCAAGCCCAACACCCUUUCCAACAUUUGCACCCACUUCUCUGCCGACAAAAGCACUCACAUGGCCUCCUUCCCCGAGUCCAAGUGAUAUCAUUAUCUCUGCCGAUGAUGACCUUUUCUUUAAGGAUGAUCUGCCAACGCAAGAGCCGACCUAUUAUCCAACAUACACUCCAACUGGAACUCCAACCACCCUUGAGCCAACCUAUUAUCCAACUUACACUCCAACUGAAACUCCAACCACCCUGGAGCCAACCUAUUAUCCAACUUACACUCCAACUGAAACUCCAACCACUCUGGAACCAACCUACUACCCCACUUACACCCCAACUGAAACUCCAACUACUCUUGAACCAACCUACUACCCCACUUACACCCCAACUGAAACUCCAACAACUCUCGAACCUACAUACUAUCCCACUUACACUCCAACUGAAACUCCAACCACCCUGGAGCCCACAUACUCCCCUACUUACACCCCAACUGAAACUCCAACCACCCUGGAGCCAACCUACUACCCCACUUACACCCCAACUGACACUCCAACCACUCUCGAACCUACUUACUAUCCUACCUACACUCCAACCUCCGAUGGAGAGAACCUUGCUAAUCUCAACCAACCCCCUCCCGGGGAUCGAGGUGGUUUCCGAAAUCUUCGCCAGGGGCGCUCUACUAGAAGCUUGACCUAUUCCAUUCUUCAAUGGUGGCAACAGGACCACGGGAUUGAAAAUGAACUGCGAGGUGCCCUUUCCGAGAUUGAUAUGAUGAUUGGCAUGGACGAUGACAAUCUUACAGAUGACACGGUAGUUGAUGAGGAAGCAGCAGAAGAAGAAGACCAGAGGAUUGAUGUUGCGGAUGAGGCCAUAGUCAUGGACGAUGAUGAUCUUAAGGAUGACGAUGGCCACAAGCUGGUGUGGGGCGUAGAGGGGAAACCAAAGAAGCAACGUCUUCGCGCUCGACAGCAAACUAUAAUAGCGCACAUGUGAGAUAACUUUAGAAUAGAGAAACUAAAUAGGAUCUCGCCACAGCAAAGUAUGAUGGCGCUCCUUUUCAAAGUGAUCCAAACAGAGGA